GCAGGGUGUGCACUGUGGGCUAAGUCCAUGCCAGAUGAAGUAAGCCUGAAAAAAAGCUGAAGAAAGUAAUGAGUAGAGAGAAGCCUGACAGAAGCAUGACAGAGUUUUGCAACCCUGCAUUUGAGCCAGAAAGCGAAGAGGAGCUAGAGGAAAGCCCGAGCUCUGUGCUGACACUAACCGUGACGGAGGACCUCCCCAACAGUCUCUUCUCCCAAAAGUGCCUCCCAAUAUCAGGCAGACUCCCUUUGCGAAAGCUGCUGUGCCUGGUGAUCUUCACUUCAGGAGCCAUUGUUAUUCUGGCAGUGGGUUUGAGUGUUAUCAUCUUUGUAUUACUGACUCCUACACAGAAACCACCAGGUGAUCCAACAAAUGGCAGGCCUUUGACUCUUAGCACCCCAAGCACCACUAUCAUCUUAGACGGGAAUCAGCAACAGAACCCACAGAGCAGUGUAUCACCAUGGGAAGUGGAACCCAAACCAACAGACUUGCCUCGCUGUGGGGGGGUCUUGGUAGAAGAGGAAGGUUCAUUCAGCUCCCCCAACUACCCAGGUAACUACCCUCCCAACAUGUAUUGCAUCUGGCUCAUAACUACGAGUGCAACCUCCAUCAUCCAGUUGCGUAUCUCUUCUUUGGAAAUGGAAGGGCCAGCAUCGUGUCCAUGCGAUUGGUUGGAGGUUCAAGAGGACAAUAUUACCAUCACUGGCAGAGGUCUGACUGGCAAAUUCUGCGGUAAUAUAGCACCCCCAACAAUAAACUCAAGAACCAACAGGCUGCAGGUGACGUUCCAUUCAGAUGCCAGCAUCUCAGGGAGUGGCUUUGUUGCUCAGUACCAAUCCUUACCUGAACAUCACAAGAGCUGUAGAUGGGAAGAGCACUUCUGUGACAGUGGCCUUUGUUUGUUACCUAGUUCAGUAUGUGAUGGGAGAUUCCACUGUUUUGACCAGAGUGAUGAGACAAAUUGCAGCCAAACUGGGAGAGAGUGCGGGGGUCAACUAAAUGGAACUAGCGGAUCCUUCUCAAGCCCCAGCUUCCCUAACCAGUACCCUCACAGGCAGCUCUGCCUGUGGAAGAUCUCCGUACCAGAGGGCUACAUGAUUGAGCUGACAUUUGACUCCUUCAGCCUGGAGUUUCAUGAGGUUUGCAGUUAUGAUUAUGUGGAGAUCCUUGACACUGUGGGAAAUGGCGCUUUGACUCUGCUGGGCAGAUACUGUGGGACACAGCCUCCUCCAGUGCUCUCCUCCUCUCACCAGAUGAUGACGGUACUCUUUGUGACUGACGACGGAGUGUCAAACAGUGGCUUCCACGCCACAUACCAGGCCAUCAAUGCUACACAGAGAUCCUGUGGGCCAGAUGAUUUUACAUGUCUGAGCGGAGAGUGCCAGUCCCAAGGGUGUGUGUGUGACGGCUGGAGCGAUUGUGCUGAUGGAAGCGAUGAGGUCGACUGUGUUAACUCCACCUACCCAACCUUUGAGUUCCCGUGUGAGCCCAUCAAAGUCCAGAUGUGUCAGGGUCUAACUUAUAAUAAGACCUCUUUCCCUAACAUCUGGCUUGGCAUCAUUGACCAGCAGGAGGCAGUAACCAUGCUCAAAGACUACAAGAUCCUGAUGGAGCUCAGCUGUUACAGCUAUCUGCACAUUUUCACAUGUGGUAUGUUCAUCCCUAAGUGUACAGAAGCAGGAGGAGUUCUACAGCCCUGCCGCUCUGUCUGUCUGUCUGCUGAACAACAGUGUCAGCGCUCUCUUGAUCAGCUUGGUAUCUCCUGGCCUUUCAACUGUAACCUCCUGCCAGACUCUGAAGACCCCAUAGAAUGCAUGAAGCCCUGAUGUGUGCCUGGAGUUCAGGAGCUCAACUGGUAUUUUUUGUUCAUACUCCAUGCCAUUCUAUGGGAAUGACAAGAAAAGUAAAGAAAACUACAUCCUUCCUUCCAUUUUUCUAUGUACUUGUACAAUGAAAGUUGGGGACGGGGUCUGACUAGCAAGGAGAGACAGGGUCAGGCGGACAUGUCCACUCUCUGCUCUUACAUCAUCAAGGGUCAGUAAUGAUCCUUCCACAGGUUCAUCAACAGAAAUCUCCUUGCAAGUUUGAUUUUCUCUAAAGUGAAGUUCAAUCGUCUUCUUUGUUGUCUGCCAGAGGCUGUGAGCAACCAUGCAAGGAACUGAAUCAGUAAGAGCUUAUAACUCACACUUACUGGGAAUUCCUUGUUCGUAGAUAACAAUUGCAAGCCCCAGUCCCCAUCAUGAAUAGGGUAAAAGGACUUACUCAUGCCUUUCGGAGCCUGGUAGACAUGCGUUGAUCCAUUCAGAGUCGCACAUGUGCAGCCCCAGAUAAGGACAUCAAAGACCUGUUAUUGCUCAACUUCACCUUUCUGCAGCUGUGUGAUAGGCUUCUCCGAAUAUUUUUCUGCACACAUAACCACAAAUAGGCAUGAAUAGACCUAGGGUAAACAAAAUGGGUUACAAUCUUAUAAAAGCAGAUAAGUGAACACACAGAAAUGGAAUCCAUGGAUUGCAAGGAUUCACUAUAUUUUGUUUCCAGCUAAAUUUGAGUCUGUGUGUUCUAGAUUCCAAGACAUGGUAAAACUGAAUGUGAAACCUCCAAAAAGCUCCACAAAAGGAAAACCAGAGCCUGCACAGACCAAUUAAGGAGCAGCUCACCUCAGACCAGUUAGUGUUUAACUGUUACCUGCAGGCUUCAGCCACAGUAAGCCUCAGAAAUAAGACUUGCCUUUGAAAGCUCAUAAAAACUAUAAAGGUUCCAAAAUAUACAAAAUGCCCUACAAGAAAGUUGAUGACCAUAAACUCCUGGGUUGUAGAUGAAAUAACAACAAAAACAUAAUCUAUUUAUUUAUUAUAAAAUAGAAAAAUAUAACAGAAAUGCUCAAAAGACCAAAAAGGGGUUUCCUAAAGGAUCAUUCCAAGCAGACAAGUCCCAAGAAGGAGCCAGCAUUAAUGACAGCAGGGCGGCCCAGUCCAGUGAAGCUCCAGCCACAAAACACAGACA